GAAUUUAAAAAAUUUUUUCCCACAUUCAUUAUGGUGUUUGUAUCAGUAAUGUACUGAUGGACAUUUGUUUGCAAUCAAUUAAAUUGAAUAAAUUCAUUAAAACCAGAACCAUAUGGCAAAUAUUGUUACGUUCAAUAUCAAUACAUUGUUUUAUGAUUAUAGUGAAUUUUAUGAUUUCAUCAAUGUAUACAUUAUCAUUGGUGGAAAUAUUCACCAUACGAAUUGUAACAAAAAUCAUACGAAAAAUUAAAAUGGAAAUCAAUAAAAUUAUCGGUCUAAUUGAAAUGAAAAUCCAAAUGGAUGAUUAUAGAAAAUAUUCAUUACAAUUACAAUUGAUGAAAACCAAAUUGAACAAUCAAUAUCGAACAUAUACACGUUUGAUUAUAUUUAUUGAACAAAUACAACCAUAUGUUGCUAAAAUGAAUAUAUGGGGCAUCGUUGUCAAUAUUGUUGGCAGUCAAAUUGUCAUCAAUUGUAUAAAACAUGUUGAAAAUGAUGAAUAUUUUCUAUUAAUUAUCCUAUAUUAUGUAUUACUGAUUGAAUUGAUGAUCAUAAUAUUACUUUCAUAUGUAAUGUCAAAAUUAAAUUCAUAUCUCAAUUCUAUACGUAUGGAUUUACAACAUACCUGUUGUAUGGCAAUGAAAACAACAGAUGUUUAUUUUAAAUUUAAAAUGGCAACCAUUUAUGAACGUAUUGUUCAUAAUCGUAAACAAUGGGGCAUACGUAUUGGUCCAAUUACAUUAUUAACUAAAUUAGUAUUCUUUAAGCUAAUGAUAUUCUAUGCACGUUUUAUAGUGCUUUCAAGUAAAUUGUUUAAAAAUUGAUUCAAAAAAAAAAAAAAAAAUUAAAAUUUU